GGUCAGAUCUCAGGAUGAACUCAUCCCAUGUCAUGUUGCAGUCCCGUAGCUGAAAUGAUCCUUCUGUCUGCUAAUCCAAUGUGCACAGACCAGAGAGAGACAAUCAGCACCUCUGUUUGCUGACCCAAUGGACUGCCGAGGGAACAGAAGAUGUGUCACUGCUCAUAUCCUCAUCUGUCUAGUGAAUGGGAGCAGACGAGCGUGUGGAAGAAUGAAACCAUCUGACAGCACUUUUCCAGAAAGUUCAAUGUUGGGGUGCUGGGGAGGAGCACCAGAUCCACCGCUCUGUAUAUAAGGCCAUUAGGUUUGUUGGGUGCCUCAAACACCGAACAGUUCUCCCUGCAGCUACCACUAGAAGCCUGAGGAACAUGGAUGUGACUAUCCAACACCCCUGGUUCCGCCGCCAAUUUUACUCCUUCUUUGGACCAAACAGGAUCUUUGAACAGAGUUUCGGGGAUCACCUCCAGGAGGCUGAUCUGUUUCCAACGGUGUUGUCCCCUUUUUACUUCAAAUAUCCUUUCCUCAGACUUCCAUCUUGGAUAGAAAGUGGCAUGUCGGAGCUCAGGCUGGAAAAGGACAAGUUCUCCGUUAACCUUGAUGUGAAACAUUUCUCCCCAGAAGAACUAAAAGUAAAAGUGAUGGGAGAUUUCAUUGAAAUCCAAGGAAAACACGAGGAGCGUCAGGAUGAACAUGGCUAUGUUUCCAGAGACUUCCAGCGCAGAUAUAAAAUCCCAUUGGAUGUUGAUCCUCUCUCCAUCACCUCAACUUUGUCCCCAGAUGGAGUUCUGACCGUGACUGGACCAAGGAAGCUGUCUGACGUUCCUGAACGCUCCAUCCCCAUCACCCGUGAAGAGAAGGCGGCCAUCGGUGCUGCCCCCAAGAAGUAGAACCUCUCAGCGUUUUCUGCUCGAGAAGAUACCUUUCUACCCUGCCAGAGAGAGUGCGCGCGUACUACACUGCUACAUGUAUUUAUUUGUGCUGUCCUGUGACCAAAUCAAAUUACUAAUGCAAAUAAAAGCAAGAAGAAGCAUCUGCGAGUGUUUCAC